GAAAAAUUCUUCUCUCUUUCUUUCCCUUUACACGUGAUCGGAAAAAAACCAACCCCAUCGCCGCCGCAACCGUCAUCCGCCGGCGGAGAAAAAUGGGCCCCGCCUCAUCCUUAAUAGAAUGGCUCAAACCCGACUGCUUGUUCCCAAACAAGAACCACCGCAAGAAGAAGAAGCGGAGCACCCCGCCAUCACCACCAACCUCUACAACCGCCGCCCGACGAAAACCACUGACGCUGGAGGAGCACCUCUCGUCGGCGUCCUCUGCCCCAACGGGCCGUGGGGUUCGGAAGCCAUUCCCCAAACGGGUCCACCCAUCUUCUUCCUCAUCGUCGUUGUCUACCGCCGGCGGAAGGAAGGGAAAGGGGAAGAGCAACGGGUUCACGCUGGAGACGCUGGUGAAGCUGGACAGGGAAUCGAGGGACGAUUACUUCAGUGAGAACAGCAGCCGGAGCAAUUUGGUGGUGUCGGGUGAUGGUUCUGGCGUCGGGUCGGUUAGCGGGUUAGCGGCUGGGAGCCGGCGGGAAGGGAAGAAGAGUGGGAAGAGAGUGCGGUUUACGUUGCCCGGAGACGGCGACGUUUACGUUUUCUAUUCCCCGAGGGCGCCGAUUAAUAGGCCUUUCACUCUCUUUGAAACUUCUUAAAACUAUAAUUUGGUGUAUAAUCAUUUGAUUGUAUAUUUUGGCAAGCCAAUUAGUCAAACAAAAGCUUUAUUAUUUUGGUGUGUGGAAACUAAUUAGGAAGAUUUUUUAAUUGCUUGCUUAUGAUAAAAUCUGGGGAAAAAAGAGAAAAAAAUAAUGAUUAAGUGAUGAAAUUUUGAUAUACUGUUGUAUGUUCACGUUCAAAAAUAAGACUUAUAUUAGCAA